GGUACAUUCACUGUUUUUACGGUUCAAUGUGUUCGAGCCGCUUUUAUUUUGAAAGGUCCCACCGGAAGGAAGGACCGGUUGUUUCCGUGCACUUUCCGCAGACCCACAUCCACACAGACUAACUAACCACCAGUGUGUCCACCCGGAAAACAGCGCAGGUUCAGUUCGGAUAUGUCCGGGUUCGGCUCCGGUCCGACGGCUGCUCUGUCUGCUCUGUGAUGGGGGCUUUGGUUCGACCCAGCUGGAGGUUUUAACCGGUGAAAAGUGCCCGGUGGUUCAAUGUUCUCCUCCACUACUGUGCUCAGGCUGCUGUUGAUGAAAGCGGAGGCUGUGAUUGGUGGUGUGUGUCCUGGACUAGAAGGAUGACAGGAGGACAUUAGUGGACAUGGAGACAGACGAGAUGGUCCAGCAGAAGGAGCUGCUCCUCCAUCAGACCCUCCUCUAAACCCUCCACCAGACCCUCCUCUAGACCCUCCUGUAGACCCUCAGGACCCCCUCUGUCUUCUACUCCGUAUAUGUGUCAGUCAUAUAUGUUUCGGUCAUUAUGAGUUCAGAGGGUUUCCAGUACCGAGCGCUGUACGACUAUAAGAAGGAGAGAGAGGAGGACAUCGACCUGCACGUAGGAGACGUCCUCCUGGUCAGCAGAGGAGCACUGAAGGCCCUGGGGUGUGGAGAGGGAGACGAAGAACGACCAGGAGAGAUAGGAUGGAUACCAGGGAUAAACGAGAGCACACAGGAAAAAGGGGACUUCCCAGGGACGUACGUGGAAUUUAUUGGCAGAAAGAGGAUGUCUCCGCCCACGCCGAAGCCCCGCCCACCCAGACCUCCAUCUGCUGCGUCAGCCAGAGCCGACUCUGAAUCAGACGGUUUCCUCCUCCCAGAUCUGACGGAGCAGUUCGGACCUCCAGACACAGCUCCACCUCUGCUGAGCCGACUGAUGGAGGAGGUGGAGAACAAAGGUGUGGAUGCAGUCGGUGUUUAUCGCAGUUGGACUGGAGGCAGUGUGGACAGCAGACAGCUGUCAGACUGUGAUCUGGAUCAGAUGGACCUGUCCUCUCUCUGUGAUGGUGUGAUCCAGUUCCUGCAAGAUCUGCCUGGUCCGGUUCUUCCUGUGUCGCUGCAGACGGACAUGAUCCAUGCCAUGCAGGAGGUCCGAGACCUGGAGGACUGUGCUCAGGUACUGAGGGGCGUGGCCAGUUCACCGGGAUGUCCCGCCCAGUACGGCUUGACCCUCCUCAGCGUGGUCCGACACCUGGCCCGGGUCUGUGGAUCCAGGACCCAGCUGAGCCCCCGUAGCCUGGCUGAGGGUUUCAGUCCUCUACUGUUCAGACAGACCACUGGGUCUGAGUCUGGUCUGGAUCCUCUGGUCCAGGUUCUGGAGAUUCUGAUCUCCAGUGAGCUCAACAUGAACCAGGCUGCACCAGCUCUUCCUCCUAAACCGCUGAAGUCUUCGGUUCCAGCAGCUUCCAGUACCUUUAACAACAGCAUGGCUCUGCAGGACGCAGAGUGGUACUGGGGAGACAUCUCCAGAGAGGAGGUGAAUGAGAAGCUCCGAGACACCGCUGAUGGAACAUUUCUGGUUCGAGACGCGUCCACCAAGAUGCACGGAGACUACACCCUGACUCUGAGGAAAGGCGGCAACAACAAACUGAUCAAGAUUUUCCAUCGUGAGGGGAAGUACGGGUUCUCCGACCCGCUGACGUUCUGCUCAGUGGUGGAACUCAUCAACCAUUACCGCCACGAGUCCCUGGCCCAGUACAACCCCAAACUGGACGUCAAGCUGCUGUACCCGGUGUCCAAGCACCAGCAGGACCAGGUGGUGAAAGAGGACAGCAUCGAAGCAGUGGGGAAGAAGCUCCACGAGUACCACCUGCAGUACCAGGAGAAGAACCGCGAGUACGACCGACUGUACGAGGAGUACACCAGAACCUCACAGGAGAUCCAGAUGAAGCGGACCGCCAUCGAGGCGUUCAACGAGACCAUCAAGAUCUUCGAGGAACAGUGUCAGACUCAGGAGCGCUUCAGCAAAGAGUACAUCGACAAGUUCCGCCGAGAGGGCAACGAAAAGGAGAUUCAGAGAAUCAUGGAGAACUACGAGAAGCUCAAGUGUCGGAUCAGUGAGAUCGUGGACAGUAAACGCCACCUGGAGGCGGAGCUAAAGAAGCAGGCGGCCGACUACCGAGAGAUCGACAAGAAGAUGAACAGCAUCAAACCGGACCUGAUCCAGCUGCGCAAGACCCGGGACCAGUACCUGAUGUGGUUAACGCAGAAAGGAGUCCGACAACGGAAACUGAACGAGUGGUUAGGACUGAAGAACGACACCACAGAAGAUGAGUACAGUCUGCUGGAGGAUGAGGAGGACCUUCCUCAUCAUGACGAGCGUCUGUGGCGUCUGGGGAACCUGAACCGCAGUCAGGCUGAAGCUCUGCUCCGAGGAAAGAGAGACGGAACCUUCCUGGUCCGAGACAGCAGCAAACCAGGCUGUUACGCCUGUUCUGUGGUGGUGGACUCAGAGGUCAAACACUGUGUCAUAAAUAAAACCAGUACUGGCUUCGGUUUUGCUGAACCCUAUAACCUGUACGGGUCUCUGAAGGACCUGGUCCUGCACUACCAGCACACUUCACUGGUCCAACACAACGACUCCCUGAACGUCACCCUGGCCUACCCGGUCUACAGCCAGCAGAGACGGUGACCCACCUAGACGUGGACCCACCGCCUGCACCUGGACCCACCACCUAGACCUGGACCCCCGUCUACAGCCAGCAGAGACGGUGACCCACCUAGACCUGGACCCACUGCUUGGACCUGGACCCACCGCCUGCACCUGGACCCACCACCUAGACCUGGACCCCCGUCUACAGCCAGCAGAGGCGGUGACCCCACGGAACCAUCGCCUAGACCCACCCCACUUA